GGUGAAUGGACUCUCUCGUGCUUCUCAAAUCUCUCAGUCGUCUUUUUAAAAUCAACGUUUCCAGUGUUUGGUGUGAGAGAGAGAAGGGAAGAUGUCUGGAGGUAUAGCGCGUGGUCGUCUUGCGGAGGAGCGAAAGUCAUGGCGGAAGAAUCAUCCCCAUGGUUUUGUGGCAAAGCCAGAGACACUGCCUGAUGGUACGGUGAAUUUGAUGGUUUGGCAUUGUACUAUCCCUGGUAAAGCUGGGACCGAUUGGGAGGGAGGUUUCUUCCCACUUACUCUUCACUUCAGUGAAGAUUACCCCAGCAAGCCACCAAAGUGCAAAUUUCCGCAGGGUUUCUUCCAUCCUAAUGUCUAUCCAUCAGGAACUGUUUGCCUAUCUAUACUUAAUGAGGACAGUGGGUGGAGACCAGCCAUUACGGUGAAACAAAUCCUUGUUGGUAUCCAAGAUUUGCUGGAUCAGCCUAAUCCUGCAGAUCCUGCUCAGACUGAAGGCUACCAACUCUUCAUCCAGGAUACAACUGAGUAUAAGAAACGGGUCCGUCAGCAGUCCAAGCAGUAUCCACCUCUUGUUUAAUGUGAAAUCUCUUAUUCUAAUAGACAAUUGGUAACUCUCAGUUACCUAAUAUUUUCCGUGUUAGACUUGCUUCCGAUAAGAGAUUACUGGUACUUGUAAUACUCUAGCGGCCUGAAUGUGUGACCGCCUGGUUGAACUGGCAUUUUCGCUCUUGAUCUGCAUGAAUGUUUGUUCAUAUUUAUUAGAUGUACUGAUCAUCCAAUUGUUGCUUAAUGGUGUUUUUAUUGUUCAGUAUGAACAUAUUAAUCUAAGCCUGGGAUUUCUAUCUA